AUGGUUGAAUCGAACGCAUGUGCAGCUUUGGAGGUUGCCAGCGAGGCUCCACCUUUCCUAGCAGCUGCUAGCCUAGGCCAAUGGGAGGUGUGCCAAGAGACUUUGAAGAAGCAGCCUGCAUGUUUGGAGGUUUGUGAUUGGGAAGGGCGCACUGCCUUGAUAUUGGCAGCAAAAUCAGGGCAUCUCAAGGUUUGUCAAGUUCUGGUGUCAGCUGGAGCCGACAUAGAGGCCACAGACUUCCAUGACAAGACACCUUUGGCUUACGCUGCUGCCGCACAUCACACGGAGAUCGCCACUUUGCUCUUGGAUCAUGGAGCAGAGGUUGAGGCAACAGACUGUAUUGUGAGAGAUGCUGGUUGCACUGUAUUGUAG